AUGGAUAUCUUGGAAUUGAUUCAUACAGAAACUCAAACUGAUACCAACAAACCACAUAAAUGUGACAUUGGCCAUUGUUCUAAAGCCUUUGGUCGAAGAUCUGAUCUUGUUCGUCAUUUAAGAAUUCAUACAAACGAAAGACCAUAUGUGUGUCACGAACCCAACUGUGGCAAAAGCUUUAUACAAAGAUCUGCAUUGAAAGUUCAUAUGCGAACACAUUCGGGUGAAAGACCUCAUGCUUGUGAUUAUGAAAAUUGUGGCAAAAGUUUUAGUGACAGUAGUUCAUUGGCAAGACAUCGAAGAAUACAUAUGGGAAAACGUCCUUAUCGAUGUCCACAUGAUGGUUGCAACAAAAGCUUUGGAAAGAAAACUGUAUUAACUAAACAUCAAAAGGCUGCACAUGAUAAUACUACUAAAAGAGCUUGCUUACAAUGGAGACCUCUGAACGAA